CGCGAUUCUGAUCCCUUCAACCAAGACCUUUACUCUUGCAGCCCCCAAUUCAUAGCCUGCAUUUCUCAUUUCAAUCGCCAACCCAUCACAGUGAAAAUGGCAUCGUGUAUUUUCUGCCGUAUUAUCAAAGGGGAGAUUCCGUCUUUCAAGCUGUUUGAAAGCGAGAAGACGUUGGCUUUUCUCGAUGUCGGGCCCCUCAGCAAGGGCCACGCUCUUGUCAUCCCCAAGUUCCAUGGCGCAAAGCUCGCUGAUAUCCCCGAUGAUCAGCUCUCUGAGAUUCUGCCUACUCUCAAGAAGCUAGCGGUAGCUUCUGGAGCAACCGAUUACAACAUUCUUCAGAAUAACGGAACCAUCGCUCACCAGCAGGUGCAUCAUGUUCACUUUCACAUGAUCCCGAAGCCAAAUGAGACAGAGGGCCUUGGCAUCAGCUGGCCUACGACCUCUGGCGAUAUGGAAAAGCUCAAAGCACUUUCCGAGGAGAUCAAGUCCAGGAUGUAAAUUUUGGCUACACGGUAGCACUGGUCUAACCUGCACAUCGGCUUGGGUCUAGGCCAGUGGGAAUAUGAUGCUAUGGUUUGCCCAAGAGACAUGGGAAGUGAAAGCAUUGUGCAAUAUGUCUAUCCUCCAUAGAUACCGUAUACAGUGCCCCAGUCUAUCCAAACAUUUAUUCAUCUUGGCAUCCGUAGCUGUCUCUUUAGUCUACAUCGUCGGCUGAUGUUUCUAGAUUGCCUUUCCCAUCAGAGGCCGGGGGAUCGUACCAUCUCGCCACAGCAGCACCUUGCAAUAUCCCCUGUCUAUCGUAGAGGGAUCGCGCGCGCACGUACGGGUCCAGCUGCCAGUAGUUUUCCCUGAGCUGCGUCGCCAGCUGGCCCCUCUUGUCGGCGAUUUCUUUGCUGUCGCCCUUGUCUAUCCACUGCAUAGUCACUUCUUCGUAAUCCUUCAUCAGCUUUUCUCUGACUCCAAUGAGUUGUCCCCUGGUCUCGGUAUCCUUCAUCGCAUCAUUUUCGCCCGCGACGGGCUCUACAUAUUUGUACUCCCAGUCUUCGUCGCCUCCAAGCUCUUUGAGGACAUGUGCAGGCUCGAUG